AUGCCAGCAUUAAUUCAUCAGGCUAUCGUCGAUGGAAGAGUCCAUCAAUUGCGGCUACUAGCCCGGAUUGGAGCUAAUUUGAACGCACGCGAAGAACGAUAUGGACGAACGCCAAUUAUUACUGCUUCCCUACUCAUUAAUGAAGAUCUAGCUGUAGCUAUAUGUCAAAUAUUACUUAAGCAUAAAUGUGAUUGUAACACUAAAGAUAGUAGUGGUCGAACUGCGUUAGCACACGUUGCAUCUCUUGGUCGUGAAAAAGUUGCUCUAUACUUACUGGACGAUAUUAAUAUUGAUCUAUCAGUUACUGACAGCGAUGGUAAUACGCCAUUAAUAUUAGCUUGUCAAUCAGGUAAUGCCGUUAUUGUAGCUUCUAUGGUCAAGAAAAUGAUCCAAUCUAGUAUGGAUGUUAACACGCGCAAUAAAGAUGGUUUCACUGCCAUUUUGAUGGCAGCCAAACAUGGCCAUCGUUAUUGUGAACGAAUACUACGACAUCAAGGGCAAGCUUUAGUCGAUAUUCGUGAUAAUAUCAAGUUUUACAAUGUUGACGAUUGGUUACGUUGGUAUGAUGAACAAAAUCAUGCCUGCCAAGGCGGUAAUAAGCGAUCAAUCAAUUCUAAAGACAGUAAUGGUAAAAAGAAUACUGAAUUAGUUCGUCAAUCAAGUUUUCGUCGAUCCACUACAGGUAGGAAUUCAUCUAGUAAACAGAAUAGCCGUGUCAAGAGUGGGAAUGAAUUACUGCCUAAGAUUGACACGUCCUAUAAACCAUUAUCGGGUCGUAGUAGAAGUUCAUCCAAAGGAAAGGAAUACAUUGAUGGUAAACCAGGUCUUGCUUCCGGAGUAGAAACUAAAUCGACCGUGAACGACGUUAUCAAUCAACAGAAUCGUUCAUAUACGCCUAGCGAAGUUCAUUCCGUACGAAAUCCUAUCGGAAAUGAGGAAUUCUAUCCGUCACCGUCUCGCCGAAAGCAUAAACGCAAGGCUAUCGACUUAAAUACUCUGUUAUCAAUUUACAGUAGUAAUAAUAGCUUUUAUCGAUAA